AGUUUCUGCAGACAGAAGGAUUCAUUACAGCUUGUACGUUUCGAUCAGUGAGUAGUGCUAGUAGCAGUGAAAGUAAACACGAAAAGCUCAAAUCGCUUCCAACCAAAUAGACAACAUGGCAGCACGUUCAGCUUACUUUGUGACCGUUUUAGUACUUGCAACGAUCGGUUGGCAGUGUGUUGAGGCACAAAGCAAUCCUUGGCGGCGACAAAACGACAGCUUUGCAACCGAAACGGCCAGCGAUCGUAGCCAACGACUAGGGCUGACAACGGGCUACGGUGGUGUCAAUGGCUACGGUUACUCCAGCACCGGCCUUGGUUCUUACACACCGCUCAAAAUCGAUCUCGGCGGUGUCGUUCUUGGCACACUCGUCGGCAUCGGUGCGCUGCUACUUCUCCCAAAGCUGGUCAAUGUGAUCGGUGGUGGAUAUGGAAGCUCUGGCCAUUACCGUAGCGCGGACAGCGAUCCGACCGGGAUCAGUGAUCUGAUGAACAAGGUUGACGAUUAUCUCGCCCAGAACAACAUCGACUCGGGAGCGUGUAUGCAGAAGGCCGUUUGCAGUUACCUUCGUUCGUCGGAUUACCACGCCCAGGUGGGCACGGCCGAUCAGGUGGAACAUAUGAUCCUGGCCCUGUCAGAAAACUCGAUCAUCGACUACAUGCUGGACGGGACGGCGAUUAAGGAAGCGAUCAAGAAUGGAAAAAUGCAGACCGCUCGAUCGUGCGAUGAAAUCUACUCGACCUGUCCGCUCGACCGUCAAUCUACGCUGAAGCUGUUCAAGAAGAUGUUCCCGAUCGGAAACUAAACCGCACCAGCGUGGCCAAAAAUUAGCGAUCUGCUUUGUCCCACAUAGGACCAUAGCGUCGCCGUGCGCGAAGAAGCUAAUUUGUAACGACGUUUAAAAGUGGUUGUUGCCGAACAGGUCUUCCGACCCAGUUCGUUGGAACUAUUUUUAGCUUUAACCGUGCGUCCCUACCCCCCCGGGGCUUUGUGUACGCUGGAGGAGAUGUUUUCCCUCCCGACGGUAUGGUCCUAUGUGAGACAAACUACGCACAUCGCAUGCAACACGAACAACAACAACAAGCUUGUGCGAAUAACCAUGAAUGGGGGAGCAGCAUCUGUUGAUGCUUCGUGACCCUGGCAGGGAAAACCAAUCUGUUUAGAAUUAGAACCACAGCACCGAGGGGCACCUAGGAGCAGAAGACGAAGCAAAAAACUAAGGCACACCACCUACAAACGGCAUACGCCUUGACUACACGGGGAUCAAUCUUGUAUUUAAGCUAGCUAGUAUUUUUCUCUCACUUUCUUACUGACGAUCGUUCUGUAAGCGAUAUUUGUUCUGCAUUUGUGGGGUUUGCUCUGUCUGUUUUCGGUACGUUGUAAAUAAUAUGUACGACAUUGGAACGUGAGAUCGUUUGAAUAAAAAGGAUAGCAAAACCUGACAGCAAGUCCACUGCACCGUACGGCCUAUUAAACGAUGGUGUAGAUGUUGUUUGUCGGUUACCCACACUAA